AUGGGUUUGAGGAGCGAGUGCUCAGCAGACGAAUCUGUGGAAGAUAAUGAAGAAAUUUCUAGUGGGCCCGCUAAAUUUGCAAUUUUUACUGGAAAAACUGAGGAUAACAGAAAUGAAUUUUGUGUGGUGGAAAAUAAUGAUUAUGGUGAGUCGUUGUCGUUCCAUAUGGUGAAGCAAAAUCUAAGUGAUGUUACAGAGAAUGUUAGUCUUCAUGGGAGAAGGAUCAAGAGAGAACCCAAGAAGGGCAGGGGUAGUGAUGUAAUUACGCGCAUGCCAUCGAAUUCAGAGGUAAGCUCAAAUAAAUGUACGCGGAAUGCCGAACUGAACCGGGGGAUCCAGGGUUCUGUUUCCUCCACAAAUGCCAAUUCGGGUUUUGGGCCGGGCCCACUUUUUGCCACUGGGGUCGACUCGGAAUGGAACAGCCGAUCGUCAACGUCCUUCGACUCGGCCAGUGGUGGACGGGUCAAAAUCGAGAAGGAGAACUCUCAUUCCAGCCUGGAAUCUGACUCGCGAAGCUCCAAUUUUUUGUUUGUGCAGGGAACUCACUCCUUGAGUAACAGGAUGCAGGAUGAGAAUGGAGAUGACAUGGCAGGAGGUGAAGAACCAGAUGGCGGAGGAUGUGAAGGUGGUAUCGCUGACUCAUCUUCGGAGGUCAAAGGGGAAAGGAGCGAGAAUCAUGGGUCAUUCAGUGAUGGAGAUUCUCUAGACAAGUCCUUGUUUGAACUUGAGUCUGCACAAGAAGCACUCAAGAAAGAGCUACAAAAGCUUAAGGAAUUGGGGGAAGAUAUUUCGGCUCAUGAUUUCGUCUCAGAUUCUUGCAUGGAAUUUGUGGACAAUGAACAGAAAACAAGCUCUAAGCAGUUACUGGGUGAGGGCUCACACAGUUUUUCCCAAUCCAUGCAAUCUGAGGUCUUACAAACUGCAAGCAGGGUUUUGGAAACAGAAAUUGAGGACCUAUUUAAGCAAAAAAUCGAAGCUGAGGUGGAAUAUAUGGCAAUUUCAAAAGCUGUCCAAAAGCUGAGGGUGGCCACUGUGGAUCAGGUUACAGUUUUGGAAGAACAAAAAACUUUGGCUUCAGAGCAAACACAAAUGCUUGAUAAGCUUGGGGCUGCUGAGAAUAAAGCUUCCAUGCUUAAGAAAGAAGCCGAGAAGUUGGAAAGUAUUUGCCAAGACAUUGCCCAUGCAAAUGAGGUAAUGAAGCUACAGAAAGGGGUUUGUAAGUACAGUUCGUAUUUCUUGGUGCAGUUUGUAUUGUUUCUAGUUAUGUUUGUGGCCUUGGUAUUUCAGUUGUCGCCUAGUUAUGUGGAAGUUGUUCCCACUUAG